ACAAAAGUGCUCGGUCGAGAAAAUCACUUUUCCUCCGUCGAUCCAAGGUUUAAAUCGGGAUCAGCUGCCAACGAGGGUCAAAUUGAGCUCAAAAAUAGUCGAUUUUCUUGCUGAUCGUCGUCCGUGUCCCAUUUUCGUUCUCCAAUAGCUCCGUUCCUUGGCUCAUGGAACGAUAAUUGAGCUCGUUUCGUGUUGCAUGAACAAAGCCAACAUUCACAUAUAAGCACAAAAAAAAAUAAAAAUACAAAAAAUCAGGAAUUUGGCCCUUUCGAGAGACUAAUUUUGGAGAAAAUGGCUCUGGAGUUGCCUCGAAGCGUGUCCUGAUAUUGUCGCAGUUGUUUAGUGCUCAAAAAUCGCAGUGAAAGUUUCUAAAAUUUAAAGAAAAAAAAAAUUGAAGGAAAAAAAAACAACUCACUCGCACAUACAUAAAAAAAAUAUAUAAAUACGUCGUAAAAAUAAAUGCAGAAAAAUUGCAAAAGUGAAUCGUUGGAAGCAGAAGGAGGAAAAAUAAAAUUAAAAAUAAAAUAGAAAAGGAAUAAAAAAAAAUUAGGUCGAGCCCGAGUGCUUUGUUUUUGUCUUUUAUGUUUUUAAUUGUUACAAAAUAAAACAAAACAAAUAAAAAAAAAUCUAAAGGGCCAACAAGAGAGAGAAAAAAAAAUAAAUGGCAGGAAUUGCAUCAUAAUUGUGUGUGGAGAUAUUUUUAAAGCAAGCACAAGUGGAAUUAAACGCCUACUGCUUACUACAAAGUGGUGCAAUAUUAAAUUUUAAGUGAAAUCCGUUCUAAAAAAAAAUAAGAAAAAUACAAAAAUCGGAUUAUUUUCAACAAUUCAACACACAAAAAAAGGAUAAAUUACUAAGGAUUACAAAAAUAAACCAUCAAAAAUGUCUUCAAAGCACAUCCCGUCUGAUAAGAUUAAUCUGCGUUUAAUACUUGUGAGUGGCAAAACGAAAGAAUUUCUGUUCAGUCCCUCGGAUUCCGCUGGUGAUAUCGCACAAAUAGUAUUCGACAGCUGGCCUGAAGAUUGGGAAUCCGAAGCUGUCGCAAAAGCAGAAAUUUUAAGACUAAUAUACCAAGGUAGAUUCUUACAUUGUAAUGUAACGUUAGGUGCACUAGGAUUACCGCUAGGUAAAACGACAGUUAUGCAUUUGGUGCCACGUGAUAAUCUGCCCGAGCCUAAUUCUCAAGAUCAGAGACAAAAGAGUAAAGGUGGAUCCAGUAGAUGUUGUUCCGGUACUUGUUGCAUAUUGUAAUUGAUAAUAAAUAAAAUUAAUUAAAUCGUUGUAAUUAUAAAUAUUUUUCUAUAUAUUGAAUAUAUACAAAAAAAAAUUAAAGAAGAACAUUUCUAUUAGUUAAUAAAAAUUUUUAACACACGCGCGGUCGUCGUUUCUCAUUGAUUGAAAUU